AUGCAAAGACUCAAAAGGAGAAAACUGAACAACUAUGUUCAUAAAAUGCGAACCCCAGAAGGUUCUUUGACCUUUGACCCAGACCGAAUAGCCUCCCUUUUUAGAGAUUUCUAUGAGUCCCUCUAUAACCUACACCCUUCGAACCAGGCUAAUACAAUCCCUGAAGCUGUCCCUGACCACAUGUCUUUCCUAAAAGGCCUCGAUCUUCCGCAGUUAACGGUCCCAGAUAGACUCCGUCUUUCUGCCCCCUUUACCCCGGAAGAACUACUAAAGGUCAUCAGAGAUUCCCCAAAAGGAAAAUGUCCGGGCCCGGACGGUCUGCCCACUCCCUACUACAACACUUUUCAUGAUAUAUUGAUCCCGCACCUUCUACCUAUUUUCAAUGCAACACUGCAGGGUGUCCCUCUAACCGGAGAUAUGACCAGAGCAAAUAUAACUGUGAUCCCUAAAGAGGGCAAGGAUCACACGCUCUGCCCUAAUUUCAGGCCCAUCUCCUUACUUAACAUAGAUCUGAAGCUUUUAGCAAAGCUCCUCGCCAAUAGACUAGCUAAACUUCUCCCUAACUUGAUACACAGAGACCAGAAACGGGCUCUGCCCCUGGUCCUUCUCAGCACAGAUGCUGAGAAGGCCUUUGAUAGGAUCAGCUAUGGAGCCACCGAACACUCGUUAUCCGAUAGGUUCCUCUAUCCACAUGUCUUCAGAACUGUCCAGAAUCACCACAUCCACAAUAUGGUCGUCACCAAACUGUUGGAGCACUUUGGCUGGACCUGGGUUGGGAUUUUAGUGUCGGAUGAUGAUACCGGAGAGAAUGAACUGCAAAUACUGACAAAGUACAUGAGAGAGCACGGGAUCUGUGCCGCCUUCACCAUAAAACUUACACAGCAGAAUGUCAACGACAAUGAGCGGAUUUUACAAGUUAUGAAGAAUCCACAAAUCAAUAUCAUUAUAAUGUGUGGGACCUUAUCUGUCAAUGGAGGUGACUUACUAAUUUUCCAUCCAUCUGUAUCUAUAGACAAAAUCCUUAUCCUUCCACCAUCCUGGGCUUCCAGUUACUUCAUUACAGAAUAUCAGUACCCAGAACUGAAUGGAAGUCUAGCAGUUGAAUUUUCAUCACAGACUUUUCCGGGAGAGGAAGAUUUGCUGAGAAAUUACAGGAAACUCCCCAAUAUAUACCAUGAUGAGCCUAUGUGGACAAUAUCAGAUAUAAUAGCAGGAACUGGAGAUAAAGAUUCCUUCAUUACAAAUAAUUAUACUGAUAUAGAGAAUAAUGAGACUAAAACAGAAACUAUGCCAAGUCUGAGGAAUUACCUCUCGUCAGGGGUCUCUCCGCGACUGUAUUAUGCAGUAGAAGUCCUGGCAAAAGCUCUACAUGAAAUGUUCUCAUUUAUAAGAGACCAAUAUGGAGAAAACUCAAUGACCAGAGUCAGACAUUACACGCGGAGGUUACAGCGCUACAUACAAGGGAUGAAGAAUCCACUGGAUCCAAUGAAACCUUCAUAUUACUUUAAUGAAGAAGGAGAAGCUGUACAUCCAUAUGAGAUAAUAAACUGGAUAAUUAUAAAUAAGACCACACAGAUGGAUGUCCGUAAGGUAGAAGUAGGAAAUUUUACACCAUGGGCCGUCAGUGGAGAACAACUUCACAUAAACACCCAGUCAAUAACAUGGAAACAGACAAAGGAGGUCCCGGUAUCCCGCUGCUCAGACCCGUGUUUACCUGGAAGCCGGAAAAAGACAAGAUCGACAAUUCACAUCUGCUGCUAUGACUGCGUCCCAUGUUCAGAAGGAGAGAUAUCCAAUAUAACCGAUUCUGACAGCUGCAUUAAAUGCCAAAGUGAUGAAUGGCCUAAUGAGAAGAGAGACCGAUGCCGGCCCAAAGUAGUGGAAUUCAUCUCUUACCAGAACGACACCAUUGCUUCUGUCUUCUCCUGUGUCUCGGUCUUCGGAUGUCUUGUGACCGGUUUCAUAUUUGGAAUAUUCAUUUCCCAUCGAGACACUCCUAUCGUUAAAGCCAAUAACCGGAACCUGAGUUAUCUCCUCCUGGUCUCCAUCAUCUUCAGCUUCCUCUCUGUCUUCUUGUUUCUGGGUCGUCCCAAUGAUGUGACUUGUAGAUUACGUGAAACCAGUUUUGGAAUCUUCUUCUCAGUAGCCGUCUCUUCACUUCUCGCCAAGACUGUCAUGGUUUGUGUUGCUUUUAAGUCCACCAAGCCUGGAAGCCCUUGGAGAAAAUGGCUCAGUGUGAAACUACCAUAUACCAUAGUGUCAUUGUGUUCAUCCUUUCAAGCUGUAAUCUGUGUUAUCUGGUUGUCUAUUUCUCCUCCAUUCCAGGACCUGGACACUGACUCUUAUCCUGGGAAGAUCAUCAUUCAGUGUAAUGAAGGCUCCGAUAUCUGGUUCUACUCCAUGUUGGGUUAUCUGGGGCUCCUGGCAGCUGUGAGCCUUGUUCUGGCUUUCAUGGUGAGGACAUUACCGGACAGUUUUAAUGAGGCCAAGUACAUCACCUUCAGCAUGCUGGUGUUCUGCAGCGUCUGGAUCUCCAUGAUCCCGGCUUAUCUGAGCACCAGAGGAAAGAACAUGGUGGCUGUGGAGAUAUUUGCAGUAAUGGCUUCCAGUGCUGGACUUUUAGGUUGUGUGUUUUUCCCAAAAUGUUUUAUCAUUUUAUUUAAAUCUGAAAUGAACAGAAAAGCUGACCUGCUGGGGAACAGAUCCGGAUCUAUA